AUAGCCGCCACUGCCUUCGACAAAUCUCAUCAUCUCCUUCUCUUGAUUUGGCCAAAACCAAAGCUCAUCUCUUCUCUUUUAUUCUCUUGAGGCCAAAACCAGCUCCAAACUCGAACUCAGGUCUUAGUUAAGCCAGCUACCAGCUACCAGCACCAGCACCAUUUUACGAACUCGAUGGAUGGCUAUGGCUUUUGCUGCCCAGAUUGGGCAGGGCGCGUGUUUUGCUUCCAAGGGCGCGUAAGAUCCGCACUGAAAAGUGGAGGUUUUCUGAGGACGCCCAGUUGACGCGAGCCGUCAACAAAUACGGCAUCUUUAGUUGGGAUUCUGUAUCUGCCGCCGUUGGCAGUCGAUCUGCAAGGGAGUGCAAGGAAAGGUGGUAUCAUUGCCUUGAUCCUCGCGUAAGAAAGUGCGACUGGACUACAGAAGAGGAUAAAGAAUUGGAAUAUCUUCAUGGCAUGUUCCCAAACAGCUGGACUACCAUAUCUGAUAAGUUCAAGGGGUCGAGAACUCCGUCUCAGUGCCAGAUUAGGCACCAAAGGCUGUUUCCUCUUGGGAUGCCUGUGCCCAUCUUCAACCCAGAUGGUGCCAUAGUUGGACAGUCUCCUGAUCUUUCUCCUGAUGUGGUUGCCCCUGCCAAUACCCAUACUCCUGACCUGGACUUAAAGAAGAAGAAGCCGAUCUUGGUUGUGGAGUCCAAGUCCAAGUCUGAGUCUGCCCAUACUCCUGACCUGGACUUAAAGAAGAAGAAGCCGAUCUUGGUUGUGGAGUCCAAGUCCAAGUCUGAGUCUGCCCUCUACUGUCUGAGGACCCUCUGCCGCAAUGUGAAAGUGGCGGAUCAUCUGUCCAAAGCUUCAUCAUCCACCAAAGUGGACCCCAAACUUGGAAAGAAGAGGAGGAUUGAUGAUGUCAAACAGCCGCUCCUGCAUUCACCAGAACCAGAACCGGAGCCGCUGCCCGGGCUUAAAGAAAUCGGCAUCUUCGGCUCAACGAGGAUGAAACCGUCGGAAAUGCAGCUUGUGGAGACUCUUACCCGCGGUUUACUGUCGGAGGGAUUCCACAUUGUCACGGUGUCGAUAGAGAUGGGGACGUGCAAGGCUGUGAUGAGAGGAUUGGCAGAGGCUCACUGCACGGUUCUUCCCAACGAGAGAGAUGCUGUUGCGCGGGUGCAACGGAUAGUUGCAUUUGCAUACCGCAACAGCACUAUUGUGCUGGCAGCAUGUGCACAUGCCAAGGCGGAGGGAAAGGAAGCCCUUGUUUUCUACCUGGACUGAUUUUUGUUUCAAUAUCACCGGAAUCUAGCUGUUUACUUUUUGCAUUAUGGUGGUUCAUCUCGAACUGCACAAUUCUACCUUAGACUGAUUUUUGUUUGUAUAUCACCCGAAUCUCGAACUGCACAAUUGAAUAGAAAUCUAUUUUCUUUUUA